GCACGCGCGGGGGGCGGGGCCUCCCGGCUGCUUCCGGAGCGCGCGCGCACUCGACCCCUUCUUUCUCACCUUCUUUCCUUCUCCCAAUUUGAUGGCCGCUUCGAAAGUUCGGCCCCGGGAGUUCCUUGCUUGCUGAUCUUCCCGUGGGGCGUGGGGAGAAGAAGGCAGGGAGCCUCCCGAGACCGAAUAUUCUCUAAGACCUGCGCGGCCGCCCUGAUCGAUCACUCCCUCCCUCCCCUGGUGCAGCUGUUCCCCCCGAGAGCCGCAGGCGAGCCUGGCUACGGGCUCCAGGGAAAGCCCGUGCAGAGAUUCCACGUGUGCGUGCGCGGGCCCCUGAGCUUCUGUUACCGGUUUUCAACACGGGAUUCCCUUGGUGUAGGGCUCAGUUUUCUCUUCCGUGGGUCGGUCCCUAACUGGGACUCGCCGCUUCAGUGGAGACUCGCUGUGCCUUAGAGUGCAUCUGUCCCCAUAGAAAACUGGUCUAUUGGGCGCCGCGUUUUGGCACAGUUUCCAGCUCCUCAGACAUGCUAGUUUCUGUGUGUGCUUUUUCACUGGAAAGCAUGUCUUCUUUUGAGCUGUAGUUUACGGGAUGGAGUAGUAUUAUGUAGACACGGGUGUGGCAUAAGAAAUAGCAUGGGAAGAAUACUGUGUGUAGACACUGCAGAAAGCCUCUUGCAAUGUGUGUUCCCAUGGAAAAAUGGUGAAUGCAGAAUAAAUGUGUAAUGCAGUCAUAUCAAAUAAAAUGCAGGCUGUAUGUCAUUUCCUACAUAAAGGUGUUGGUUUGGCUUGCAAGAAAUGUGUAAAGCCUUUCUUGAGUUAACUGAUGAUGUGACUAGAAUUGGUCUAUAAAAAUAGGAGAUAGGAACAUAGUUACAGAGGAGGCCAAGAAGGGAAGAAUCAUGUCUCAAGGUGAUAAUAGAAAGCAGUCAUUUAAGUUAUAAAAUGUGUAAGUUGUCUUCAAAGCUUUUGUAUGACAUCUAAUGCAACAAAAUAAAUGCACAGAGGCCUUUGCAAUGCUAUUCUGAGGGUUUAAAGCUUUUGUUUUCUAAUUUGCCAUAAUAUGUACUGUGUACCUAAAAAUUCUCAUCAGUAUAUUGAAGCCAUCCCUUAUUCUCAUGGGACCCUUUCUCACUUCCAAAGCAUUAGGCAUUGGGCUACCCAAGUGCAAUGUUGGGAGAACAACUGGAGGGAAGAAUAGUAUUGGUGGGCUGCAUUUGGCAUGGGCACCUGUCAGUUGUACAGACCUAUUUGGGGGCAUAACUCCUGUCUGAAGCCACAUCCUUCCUGAAAAAUGUGCAUGGCUACUGCAUGAUAGGGACAUUCAUUAUGUGUUUUGUUAAGAGUAGUGCCUUGGUCUGUUUAGAUGUAUGUUUGCAGAGAUGGACUGAGGUGGUGAAAUCAGACUAUGUUGCUGGCAGUGACAAAAGCUCAAGUGAUGUGGGACUGCAACAGACCUACCUUUAGACUCACGUCUGUCUGCCACAAGCAUGCAUAAGGAGUGGGGUGGGUGCCUAGUGUUAAGAGCAAAAAGUGGGGAUGUGGGUAAGAAGCUGAGCCAUCCCCUCUCCUAUGUCAUACUUCUCUCUGCUCCUGUUAUCAGAACCCAGCAGGGGUUCAGGCAUAUUAUGGGGAGUGAAGUCACGUGGGGCAGUUCCUGUGCUGCUUUAGCUCUUAAAAUUUGGUCCCUGCUUCAUACAUGAUUGCGGCAGGACUGGUUGUCGUCUCCCAUGUUUUGAUUGUUCCUCUGUUCUUAGCUUUUCAAAUGAAGCAGUGGGAGUUUUGCUGGAGGAGUAAUUGUCUUGUAAGUGCUUCAGAAUCUUUGUCUACGUACAAAUAAUGUGGAUGGUAAAAUUAAUUUUAGUGUCUGUAAUUGCAAAUCAAAUGGAAUUGUUCUUCCUAUUGAAGCUAAUCACUGAGUCAUUCUUUUAAUGUCACAAGUGCAAAUGGAAUUGUAAUGUAAUAAAUUACGGUUUAAUAUAAACAUGCUUAAAACUUCUAUGAUGGGUACUUAUGAUUCUUGUCCACCAAUAUUAUAGAACCACAGGCUCUCAUACCUAGGAAUUGAUUUAUUUGACACACUGAUUGCACACAACUGUAUGGGCUGAAAUGUACUUUAAAGUAAGAACAUAAGAAGAGCAAAAUUGGAUCAACCCAAAGGUUAUCAAUAAGCAUGAAAACAGAUGAGAGUCCUGCCUGGAAAGCAACCUCUUGCAUGUGACAUGGUGUUUGAAGUUUCUUUUUCAUGUGGAUGCAAGGGCCAAUGAAAAGGAUGUUUGAUCGGACUAAACAAGCUGAUGUAGCCUUUUCUGCUUCAGCACAAGGUAUAGGAAGAAAAGGUAAUGAAGGCUCUUUACAACAGGAGAGCAGUAGUAGAAUAUUCUGAGGAAGAAACCUAACUCUACAGUUUAGGCAAACAAGGACUUGAACUGGCUGUGCCUGGACACUCUGCUGUGCAGAAUAGGCAAGGCUAUUGCAACUGUUGCCAUGUACACUACAAUAAUCUUGAACAGCAUGUGUACAGCUCCCAGCACAGGCAUUUUGCCACUUACUGCAGGAAUCGUAUGGGUACCACUAGCCUGAUGGAGCGUUUCCUGGAAGACGUUUUGCAGCAUCAUCCGUAUAGAUACUACGACAACAGACCAACUUACGAUGACAUGCCAGACUCUGGCCCCCAGCUUCUUCCCAGGGAUGAAAGUCUUCUUCCAGUGGAAGUAAUGGAGAAAGGGAGGACAGCACGCAGUGGGGAAGAACCAAGCACUGACAGCGGCUUCAUUGCAGAAUCAGGCUGCCUUCUUUCCCAGAGGUUGCAUGAAGAAUUGGAGAAGGCUUCCAUGACAGUCGCAUCCAUCCAAAAGCUAGAACAACAAGAACACAGUCUAGGAACUUCACAACAAAUGGUGGAUUUCCUGAGUAUUACAACACCCCCUGUUCCAGCAGAAAGUGCUCUGAUUGAAAGUAGUGGCCCUAAAGCCCUGUUUGCAGCUGUAAACCUCUUAGCUCAUCCAUUACCUGUUAGCCACUCAGCACCCAUGCCUCAUCCACUUGCAAAACAUUCACUAAAGCAAGACUUGGCUUCAGAUAAUAUGUGUGAACAAACGCAGCAGGGCAUAUGCAAUCAAGAUGAGUUACUGGAUCCAAAGGCAGCCCCUGUUUUGCAUUCAGCCAAGUCAAGGACAGUGUCACUGUCACAUAAGAGUGCUGUCUCUAAUCAAGGCAACUCUUUAAUCUCAGGUCAGCUCUUUUUAAAACAAGACUGCUUACAGCCUCAGGAUGAAACUCGAAUCUCUGACUUCUGUCUCAGGAACACUAGCAACCUUGUGGGUACCAGCAGCAGCCUGGCUUUUCCAACAACUUCCCAAUUAUCAGGAAAAAAUGAAAAUAAAUCAGAUAGAAUCACUGAAAAUUCUGUGGAUGAAAUUAUUGAAGAAGUCAUUCUGAAAUAUUGCUAUGAAACUCCUCCCAAAGAGUUGACUUGCCCAGAUGAAGAUACUAAUUCCUGUAUAAAUAUCCUUCCACUUCUGGGCCAGAGUAGUGUGCAUGGUUCAGACAUAAGCUUUGAUUGUGAUGCUGCUGUCCAGCCAGGAGCACUGUUGCCUGAGGCAGCAGUUAAAAAUCUAGAACUUCUCAAAGAGGUUCAAAUAAACUUACAAGAUGAGAACUAUGACACUCAGCUCAGUUCCAUUCUUCAAAAUGGCUUCGUACAGCAAGUAGCAGAUGCAGACAAGGAUGUGUCAGCUCAUAAUCAAGAACCUGUCCUUCCAGCUCUGCCCCAUGUGCCUCCUUCCUUUGUAGGAAAGACGUGGACCCAGAUCAUGUAUGAGGAUGAUAUGAAAAUUGAAGCCCUUGUGCGGGAUUUCAGGGAAGGCCGCUUCCGCUGCCACUUUGAUACAGAGUCCUCGGCAAACUGUGCAAGGAACAGGCUGAGAAAGAAAAAACAGAAAAAUGAAGAUAGGAUCAGUGCAGCUGCUGCUCACAAAGCAGAGGUUGCAUCAGCGAAAGGACUUCCAGAAUCCACUGAUGUGCUAAGUGAUGGUUCUGACUUCAACAAUCCACAUGAAAUCCCAGAAACACAACAUAUGCCGGAAACAUGGAGGAGACCUCAGAAAAGGACUUGGCGACUUGCUUCCAGAUGCCAAGUAGUCAAGGUCAGCCAUGGCACACAGACCAGCCUGGUGCAUUAUCCGGUAGUAAAGCAGAAAAUUAUUAGAAAGGACCGUGAGCUGCCAAAUCAGAAAGCAAGCCUUGUUUGGUCUGAGAGUGAGAAGACACCUAGCAUGAAAACCAGGCUGUGUGCCCUCAAGCUUCCUGCAUCUUAUACCAAAAUCAUGAGCCCUUUACAGCCGCAAACAGUGGUCUAUGUUCUUUCUUGUCCAGAGCUGAAGCAGUUUAGAAGCAAACCUGAAGAUAUUCCCAAAAUGAGAAGGAGCCAUAGCUCCACUGACAGUAAGGAUUCCAUACGGUACAAAUACAGGCAGAAUUCUAUUAAGUAUUAUGAUCCAUUGACUAAUAGGGUUUUAAAAACACCCCCUAAAAGCAUUGUUGGUGAAAAGGCACAGAAACCUCCACAUGUUCGGCAGCUAUUCAGGAGUCUCAACCUUGAUGCAAACGGGAAGAAACAAGCUGAUGUGCUGUAUGAAUGCAUAGCUCCAAAGCCCUUAAAUUCACCAGAUUUUCAUGGCUUAUCAGCAUCUUUUAUGCUUGACCUGGUUAAGAAAAAUGAUAUGAGUGCACUUCAUAAGACAGAUGGAUCUUCCAUCUCCACAGAAAGAUCUGAAUGUUUGGUAUGUAACAGCUCAGAGACAUCCUAUAAACACGUAGUCUUUUCGCCAUUGAACUCUCAGCAAUCACAGUGGGAAGGUGAUUUUCAAUUAGCUCCAUUUAAGAAGAAGGAAGUCAAACCUCCUUUGAAGUCAGGUGUGUCUCAGUGUUUAGAAAGAGACAAUCCAAAGACAGUAUGGCACAGGAAGAAAGGCAAUAGUAGAGAACCAGGGAUUUCAAGAAAAUCUUUGGGAUCAGCAUUUGUCAGGAUUAGGCGAAGUGGUAGGAAACAGCUGCCUAGGACUACAACUCAGCAAAAGGAGGGGUUGGUGAGAAAAAUGUCUACCAGGCACCAAAAAAAGACAACUACUGCAGGGAAGCACCUUAAGAAAGAAAAACUUAAUGCUCAAAAACUAAAGGUGGCAAGAAAAUCCAAGAGGACAGUUUUGGAUACUGCAGCCAUCAUGGCCACUCCUGAAAAAAGGAAGAGAACCACUGCAAGGGACUAAAGGCAUAGGAGGAUCCAGCUGGACUUGUUCAAUUUGGAAACCAUCUGUUUUCUUGGAAGAGACCAGCCAGGCAUUAACAUGAGACUGAAUGUUAUACUGGAUAGUGUAUCCGAGGGUGCCAUUCUGCAAACUCAGAGAGUGUUAAUGGAAUGCCACCAAACCUUUCAUUUGUGCAACCGCAUGUACACGGCACAUCAUCUGAAUGUGCGCUAGUGGAGCAUACAGCCCACUCCUGAAAAGUUGUACAUCCUCUUGUGCAAGUUGUUGCACAAGCAGAAAGUCAGUUGGAUUCUUGCCUUACUUGUAGCUUCUGCAGGCUCAUCCUUUAUGCUAGCAGAGUGAUACCCUUAGAUACAGGCCAUUGGUGUUCUACGUGCUCAGCUGUUACACGGUUUCAUGUAAACGGUUAUAGCCGGUUAAGUUUUGGUGCCUCAGUCAUUUGAUACUGUAAUACGAAAGCGAUUUUUGAAGCAAGCUCUUGAAUUGAUAAUUUUGUAACAAAGUUACUUUAUAAAUAAAUGUUUUAAUACAAAGGUUUCUUUUUGAAAGGCAGGUUCAUGUUUUAAAGCAAAAUUUUCUGUGUAAUCAUGGACAAAUUUCAAGUUAGCCUAUUUUUAUGGAUAAGAGUGUCUUUUCUACCUAAUGUGCCAAUUCAUUUUUUAAUGGUGUAUACAUGACCGUGUCUGUUCAAAAGAUUUUAUAAACACUGAGUAGAGUAGCAUGUUUCUGACCAUCACUAAAGAUGACAUACUCAUGUGUUGUGCUGUUCUUGGACUCCCUUUUUUCCUUCACAACCUUUUCCUUCCCCUUUGAAUAUUUGCAUGAGUCCUUCCGUCUGUCCGUCCGUCCUUCCUUCCUUCCUUCCUUCCUUCCUUCCUUCCUUCCUUCCUUCCUUCCCCCCCUUUGUAAAUAGCUUCCUCAAGCAGAGUGAUUUUUUUAAAAAAAUGGCUAUAUUUAAGAAAGAAUUUUAGUAACGAUAUAUUUUUGCUUUGAAAUAAAUGAAGACCCAUUUCUUACUUUUUUUGGGUAAAGUACAGGGCUUAGAGUGUAAGACAGGGAAAAGUUGUUCAAUGUGUACAAAAGUCUACUGUUAUUUGUAUAUAUUGCUCCCUGUGAUUGUGAAAAGAUCUUCUCUGAAUGUUUGCUUAACAUAAGCAAGGUGGGGAGACCAUGACUUUUUGUGAUACGGAUUUAGUUAUAAAUAUACUUUAUCUGUUA